GGUGGUGCUUCCGCGAAGGCACCUGUAUCAGCAGAUACCAAGGGCGGCGAUACUGAUGCAGCAUCGACCGAUGCAAAGAAAAAGGAGGAAAAAGAGAAAGAAGAGGAAUCUGAUGACGAUCUGGGCUUUGGGAUUUUUGAUUGAUUUGAGUUUAUCUGUUCCUGUAAAAACUGUUAUCUGA